UUUGGGGUACAUAGGGGUACAUUUGGGGUCUCCCUACCCUCUGCCCCCCCAGGAGGUGAGUGGGGGUCUCCAUACCCCCACUUUGGGGUACACAGGGGUUCAUUUGUGCCCCCCCCGCCCUCUGCCCCCCCAGGAGGGGGUGGGGGUCUCCAUACCCCAUCUUUGGGGUACAUUGGGGUACAUUUGGGGUCUCCCUGCCCUCUCCUCCCCAGGAGGUGGGUGGGGGUCCCCAUACCCCCCCUUUGGGGUACACAGGGGCUCAUUUGUGUCUCCCCCCAGGAGGUGGACAUCUACACGGUGAAGGUGGAGGAGCUGACGUUCACGGCGCCGUUCUGCCUGCAGGUGAAGCGCAAUGAUUACGUCCACGCGCUGGUCGCCUACUUCAACAUCGAGUUCACGCGCUGCCAUAAGCGCACCGGCUUCUCCACCAGCCCCGAGUCGCCGUACACGCACUGGAAGCAGACGGUUUUCUACAUGGAGGAUUACCUGACCGUCAAAACCGGGGAGGAGAUUUUUGGUACCAUCACCAUGAAGCCCAACGCCAAGAACAACGUGAGUGGGGGCAUUGGGGACAUUGAGGGGACAUUGGGGGCACCCAGGGGACACUGGGGACACACAGGAGGCAUUGAGAGGACAUUGGGGGCACCCAGGGGACACCCAGGGGACAUUGGAGGCAUUGAGGGGACACUGGAGAUACCCAGGUGGCACCCAGGGGGCACCCAGGGGGCACCCACGGGACACUGGGGACACUCGGGGGGCACCCAGGGGACACUGGGGAGACAUUGA